GACAUCUCAUAAUUCAUAUAAUUGUACCCACAACGUUUUGUCCUCCACAACCCCAUCUACCAAAAGCCAAAGGCUUCUUUCUUCGCCAUUCUUUUCCUUUCGAGCUUGAAGCUUCCUCAUUCUCAUCCAUGGCAAGAGCUCUCUCCCACAUCAAUGGCAACCCAUUGUUGCGAGUUCCCUGUAGACCAAAUCCCAUGCCUUAUAAACCUAUGAAGGUUACCAUGUCAUGCAACCAGUCCUAUUGGGCCUCCAUAAACGCUGACAUUGAAGCCCAUCUCAAGCAGGCCAUCCCGGUAAGAGAACCUCUCUCUGUUUUUGAGCCCAUGCACCAUUUGACGUUUGCCAGCCCAAAAAACACCGCACCGGCGUUAUGUGUGGAGGCCUGUGAGCUGGUAGGUGGGCGCCGGGAUCAAGCUCUGCCGGCGGCAUCCGCACUUCACCUCAUGUAUGCAGCUUCAUUCACUCAUGAGCAUCUUCCAUUGACACAGAGCUCAAGGCCAAAGUCCAUGAUUCAUCAUGCAUACGGCCCCAACAUCGAGUUGCUCACUGGGGAUGCAAUGAUACCAUCUGGACUUGAGCUAUUGGCUAGAUCGGACGAUCCGGUCCAUAAUGACUCAGAGCGGGUUUUACGUGUGAUGGUUGAGAUCACACGUGCUGCAGGUUCACAAGGAAUGAUGUAUGGACAGUAUUGUGAAGUAGAACGUUGUCAAUCGGGCAAUAAAGAGGCCAGCUACAUCGGAGAGAUCGAACGCAUCAGUGAGAAAUAUGAAGGUGCAUUGCAUGCUUGUGCAGCUGCCUGCGGGGCAAUAGUAGGAGGUGGAAGUGAAGAGGAAAUAGAGAAAAUGAGAAGGUAUGGUCUAUACAUAGGGAAGAUACAAGGAAUGUUGAACAGGAUCCGAAGCCAUGACCAGGAGUUGAACAAAUUGGUGGAGGAGCUAAGGAACUUGGCUAGCAAAGAAUUGCAAGGGUUCGAUGAGGCAAAGAUUGCAGCAAUAUCUAGUUGUUUUGAGUCUAACUUAAUGUAUGCUUAGAGUCUAUUAUUUUGAUGUCUAAACAUGCAUGGAACAUAGGACAGUGAUAGUUACUUGUUAGCAGAAUAUUGGUAUUUGUCCAAUGUGAUGAGUGAUAGUUUUCCAGGAUUUGAACAAUAAAGAGAAGUGGGUGUGGAUCAAAUAAUCUUGUUAAUGAAUUUGUUCACAUUUUGUAGCU